UACCGGAGUGUGUUUGUGCGGUGAAGUUAGAGUCGAAAAACUUGGCGACGGUGUAACUGGCCGGCCUCUAGCUUCGACGCAAACGGUCUCUACCACUAUGGCGCUCAGUCCGAGGAAAGACGGUGGUCCGAACCUGAAGUUCUUCGAGUCGGCGGAAACGCUCCAGCAUUUCGAAUCCGUGAAGCAAUGGCUGGUGAAACAAUGCAAGAAGUACACCCAGGCGGAGCCCCCAACAGCAAAGAGUCUGGCCCAACUCACGGUCCAGAUGUGGCAAUUCCAGGAAGACUCAUUGGGGAAAAACUCAGCGAAGCCUCGGCCACUGGCUCGUUUACCCAUAAGUGUGUUCAUGGAUCUGAAGGCAGGCGGAGCAUUAUGCCAUCUGCUAGCAGCUGCCUACAAGUUCAAGGCAGAGCAGGGUUGGAGGAGAUUCGACUUCACUUCGGUCAAUCGCCACGACAAAAACAUAGAAUUCUUCGAAUUGGCCGAACGUCAACUCGAAAGCCAAAGACUUCUCGAGCAACCUCUCGUUUACGCGACCGAUGCCAAGCAUAAAGAGAUCGUGAGGAAACUUGGAGGAGAACUUGUCCAGAACGCAGAUGAUGCAACCAUUAUUAUUGGAACGGCAACUCAACCCGAAGACACCUCCGAAGUUUGGGUCCGAGCAGCCCAGAGGAAAGAUAAUCAGGUCCUCGUUCAUUUCUGUCAAACACCGGACUCGUACGAUUAUUGGACCGAAGCCGAAUCCGAACCAACCGAAUCUUCUCCGCGGCCUUCCGACAACGCGAGCUACGAGGUCACUCCUCAGUGGCUGCUCGAUUCUGAACUCUACAACGAGUGGAUGAAUCCGGAGGAUUACGAUGUCGAACAGGAAAACCGUCGAAGAUGCACUGUCGAAGAACUACUCUGUGGAAAGAAAAAGAAAGCAGGCAAGAAACGAAACCGUAGUCCGUCUCCUCCUGGAAAGAAAGCCAGGAAGUCGAAAGGACGGCGCGACGACCUGUCCAAGGACGCAGAUGAAGCUUCACCGGAGUCGGUGCCGGAAAAAGUCGAGGAGGCCGCGGCUCUGCCGAAAAAUCUUAACCUCGCAGAAAUUGUCCCGGAAAAAAAGGUCAUACCCGAAGACAUCGCAACAGAACAGUCGAGUCACAUCAUCGUUCCCUCAUACUCCGCUUGGUUCGAUUACACGUCAAUUCACGCCAUUGAACGCCGAGCGCUGCCGGAAUUCUUCAGCGCGAAGAAUCGAUCAAAGACCCCAGAGAACUACAUGGCAUGCCGCAAUUUCAUGGUCGACACCUAUCGUUUGAACCCCACGGAAUAUCUCACCGUAACGGCGUGUCGACGGAACUGCGCCGGUGACGUCUGUGCUAUCAUGAGGAUACACGCUUUCAUGGAGCAGUGGGGUCUGAUAAAUUAUCAGGUGGACGCAGAGUCGCGCCCGACUCCGAUGGGUCCGCCGUCGACAUCGCAUUUCCACGUUCUCGUUGACACACCGUCCGGUCUGCAGACGUUGAACCCCCCGAGACUCAACCAGCCUCAGAGCGCGACUACCUUCGCCUCGGCCACCAACUCAUCGCCGCUCGUUUCCAAUCUGGACGCGAUCAAGAACGAAAAUUCGAACGAUUCCACUUCCGGCAACGGUGUCGCUAAAGAUAAAGAAUCGUCGAAAGAUUCUUCAUCGAACGGUCAGCAAACGAUCGGUGACAUGCUCGGCCUCAAAACCGAUCAGUAUUCAGACGCUGCGAAGAAGCAGGCCUUGGCCAAGCAGAAGACCAGACGGGAUUGGACCGAACAGGAGACGUUGCUCCUUCUGGAAGGACUCGAGAUGUUCAAAGACGACUGGAAUAAGGUCUGCGAGCACGUGGGCAGCCGAUCACAGGACGAAUGCAUCCUGCAGUUCCUCCGUCUCCCGAUCGAGGACCCGUACCUCGAAGGCGACGAUGGAGGUGCUCUCGGACCUCUGGCUUACCAACCGAUUCCCUUCUCAAAGGCGGGUAACCCGAUCAUGUCGACGGUGGCCUUCCUCGCAUCGGUUGUCGACCCCAGAGUGGCGAGUUCCGCGGCGAAAUCGGCGAUGGAAGAGUUCGCGAAGAUCAAAGAUGAAGUUCCAUCGUCAUUAGUCGAGAAACAUCUGAGCAACGUUAUCGAGAAAGCCAUCAACGAGGGCAAGGAUCCGGCUCCCGAGAACGAUCUGGAGAAAUGCGACAUCGCUGGAACCGAUAAAGAAAACGGCGAGGAGCCGAUGGACACCUCGGAAAAGAAGGAAAAUCCCAACGAGCAGAAUAAGGAGAAUGCCGAGGACGAUGAACGCUUGAAAACUCAGAGAGAGCGACUCAAGGCGGACUUGCAGCUGUCUGCGGCAGCGGCCGCCGCUCUCGGAUCUGCGGCUGUCAAAGCGAAGCAUCUGGCCGCUGUCGAGGAACGGAAAAUCAAGUCCCUCGUUGCGCUUCUAGUGGAGACGCAGAUGAAGAAGCUCGAGAUCAAGCUCCGGCAUUUCGAGGAGCUCGAAGCCAUCAUGGAUAAAGAGAGGGAGACUUUAGAAUACCAACGACAGCAACUUAUCCAGGAGAGACAGCAGUUCCAUUUGGAGCAGCUCCGAGCCGCAGAGUUCCGGGCUCGGCAGCAAGCUCACGCCAUGAUGAUGGCGCAGCAGCAGCAGCGGCCUGGGGGUGCUCCGACUCCAGGGCCUUCGAACGGUAGCCCAGUUACCAGUGGGCCUGAGAAUCCUGGUGGUUCGGCCGUCCUCCAAAACUAGAUUUCCCCUAUCGUGCCGAACAUGAUAUAAGACUUAUUACAUUAUCAGAAGAAACAGAUAUGUACAUACGGGUGGAAGGGAGAUCAAUAAAUGCGGCGCCACGAGAGCGAAUAUCUAA